CAUGAAAUUGUUUUAUUAGUUUGGAGAGUUCCUCAAAGUGCAUCCCUUGGGGACAAUUCUGUUGUAAGACAAUCUUCUUGUUUUACAAGCUACAAAUCCAUAGUGAAUUGUAACAUCCCACCACAGUUACCAUGUGAUCAGUAUGUAUUACAAUGACAAAUAUUUGAGGUACAUGCGUGUGUGAGAUGGGUUUGUGUUGUGCGUGAGGUGCCAGCGGGGGUGUUGUCCCCUCUCAUGCUGUUCUGCUCUGGGAUAAUCAGGGAAGGAAAGGCUGAGGUGAUUCACACAUGAGUCAACAGCCAUCAGCUAUAUAAGCCUGACCACUCAUGGAGCCUGGGCAUCAUACAGACCUCAGAUCGCAAAGCAGGUAUCGCUGCUCUGUUGCAAAGUUAAAGACCACUCAACACAAGAAGCAUGUAUUUUUCAGUUCUUCUCUACCCCUGCAUUUUGGGCAUGCUCAGUCUGGUUCAUGCCAUCCCAGUUCAUCCGGAUAGCCUGAAAAACCUGGUCAAACUGCAGGCAGACACCAUCAUCCUCAGAAUCAAGGAUCACAAUGAGAAGCUGAAACUAUCUCCAAAGCUCCUCAUUGGCGAUCCAGAACUUUACCCUGAGGUUCCUGCUAAUAAACCCAUCCAAGGUCUCGGGUCUAUCGUGGAGACCCUAAGUACCUUCCACAAGGUUCUGCAAAGGCUGCCCAAGGGGCAUGUGAGCCAGAUACGCAACGAUUUGUUCACACUUCUGGGUUACCUGAAGGAUAGAAUGACAUCUAUGCGUUGCACACUCAAGGAGCCAGCUAAUGAGAGGUCACUGGAUGCUUUCUUGGAGAACAACGCCACCCACCACAUUACUUUUGGGUUCUUGGCUUUAGACAGACUGAAACAGUUCAUGCAAAAGCUGAUAGUUAAUCUGGACCAUUUGAAAAGCUGCUAAUUUGGUAGCAUUAUAAAUAUACUAUUUAUUAUAUUUAUUUAAAACCAUGUAUAUUUAUAGUCCAAAGCAGCAUUUUGGCACAUUUUGAAAUGUAUAAAUUUAUUCCCCGACAUUAAACAGUAAACUAAAAACGCUGUUGUGACGUCAUGGCACGCCGAACAAUUUGUCCUUACUACGUAAACACUAGCAAUCUGAUGUCUGCACACAUUUCCAUGUCAUACUUCAUGCUGUCUGCAGAAUGACAUCAGCAUUUGCUGGGCGUGCUCAAUGAUGUCACUGUGUUUACUAGAAGCAGCGAGGUCAGACUCUGCUGGGAAACUGGAAUCAUGUUCCUAUUUUACUUCUUGCUGCAACACCAGCAUUGUACA